AUGGUCUUCCGACCGGAAAAUAUUCCGAUUCGGUUCUUCAAGGCAUGUCGAUGGUGUCGAAGACAAAAGAUGCGCUGUGAUGCGCGCGACCAAGUCCCAUGCUUCCGCUGUCGAUCUGCUGGUCGUAACUGUAUCCUUGAUCCUAUUGACAGUGAGCCACGACGGAGUAGACGUCGGCAGAAAAGCGCAACUCCUGCACGUCAAUUGGCAGGCUCGCCAUUAGAUCAGCGAGCUGGAUACCAUACUCCUACAACAACAGAGCAAGACUUUUCCUCCCUCGUCACAGCGCGAGAUGCUGGUUUCGAUACCUCCAUUGAUUCACUACCGAACUCGGUGGAUUUGAGUAGCCUACGGUCUCAAAAUGCAGAGUCAAGUGGUCCCAAGUCUCAGCAAUUAAGUCCUAAUGAGAUGAUUGCGCCGGUAUCUGCGGUGCAUUCCAUGUCUGUGAACUUACUAGGUUCGGACAAUAUCUUUAUGGAUUCAUCAGCGAAAGGUGAUCCUAAAGGUGAUAUAAUUGCGCGUGGAAUCGUCAGUGAGGAGAAUGCACGUGCUAUUUAUGAACGAUUUUUCAAUGGAAGCAAGAAUUUCCUUGGCCUUUUCGAUCCAAUUCGAGACACAUUUGAUUCCAUUCGUUCGCGCUCUUUAUUCUGUUUUACAGUAAUUAUCUACCUCGCCAGUCGCGCUGUGGUUGAUUUACGCAGUAAUACACAUAUGCAGCGAGUUCUGCAAGAUGAGGCACAACGCUUAGCCGAAGAUAGCUUCUUCGAACGACCUACAAAGCUAGAGACCGUGCAAGGAAUGAUUUUGCUAGCAGCUUAUUCGGAAAAGACCUGGUUCUCGAUUGCACUUAUUCUCCGUACUGCUUUGGACUCUGGGCUGGAAAAGUCGUUGGACACUUUGUUGUCACAGGAGAAUGUCCCUCGAAGCUCGCUCUCGGCUACUAUGGCAGACCGUCAGUUAGUAUGGCAAACAAGAACCUGGCUAAUCAGUUUUACGUUGGAACUGGACGUGGCAUCCGGUACUGGACGCAAAUCCCGUAUUGCAGAAGUGGAUGUCACGAAGCUCCGCGCAUUUCUUGAUUAUCCUCUUUCUUUGCCUGCUGAUAUGCGCACAGUGAGUAUAAUUGAGCUGCAUCAAUUACGAGGUCAUUCUCGGGUGAUCAUCGAAAACGCCGCGACAAUCCCCGAUAUUAUCUCUAGUGAGCUUCCGGCUAUCAUGGCCAGACUUCAAAAUUGGUGGACAACAUGGGACGAGAUCCAUGACCAAAAUGGUUUCCAUGCAGGGGCCUUUCAACGCAGCAGCCUUAAACUGAUGCUUCACUAUGCCAGGAUAUUUGUAUUUUGUAUUUCACUGGCCCGAAUUCAAAGACUACAGCCGACGUACGCCAAUUCAAACCCCGACGCUAUUGAUGAGAACGUUAUGAAUCUAUGGCAAUCUCUUGUUGCAACCAUCAUGGACCAAUUGGCAUACCUAAUCAAUGAGUCGUCCUAUCGGUACCAACUGACCUGGGCACCUACAUAUCCAGCUCUAACAAUAGCUUUUGUUACGACAUUUGCUCUUCGCGUUGCGCGAUGGUGUCCAAGUCUGAUCGAUCAAUCCCUUCUCCUCGACAGAGCGGAGAAAAUAUGCGACUUCUUAAGACAGCCACCAUAUCCAGACAUUCACCGCACCGUUUCAAUCUUUGUAAAUUAUGCACGUGCUCUGAUAGCCAGCCAACGCCGACAGGAGAACAACGACAACGCAGACAUGCCUGAACACCAGAGCGGCGAUGAUCGAUCGUCGUCCACUUCAUAUCGGGAGGCGGCAGAUAACAAUGCUAAUAGCCUCAUAAUAAAUCCUCCUCCUCCAGUGGAGGUGGGUGCAAGUUCACAUGAUAACGAAGGUGGUAAUCGCGGGCCGACUAUGCACAACACUACUACUGUCAAGGAUGCAAAUAUGAUACCAACACUGAGUAAUGAUGUCCCCAGACCGCCUCUUUCUCGUCUUCCGGAAAUGAUGGAGGUUCCUAAUUGGGCUACAAUGUCCAAUUCAAUUGCAGAUUCAUUUGGACUUUUCGAGGAAGGUCAGAAUGAUAUCUUUGAUUUUUUGCAUACGAUGCCGUCUAUACCACAAUAG